UAAACCCCACGCCCCCCCCACUCACAAACCAUAUUCAGCUCUCGCCCAAUUCACUAUUCUCUCUAGAAACUUCUUACCAUUCUCUUUACUUUUUCCCCAAGCCAAUGGCCAAGAUCAAGAUCGGAAUCAACGGAUUCGGAAGAAUCGGAAGGUUGGUCGCUAGAGUUGCUUUACAGAGAGACGAUGUGGAACUCGUUGCCAUUAACGAUCCAUUCAUCACAACUGAUUACAUGACCUACAUGUUCAAGUACGACAGUGUUCAUGGUCACUGGAAACAUAGCGACGUGAAGGUGAAGGACUCUAAGACCCUUCUUUUUGGUGACAAAGCCGUCUCCGUUUUUGGCGUUAAAAAUCCGGAGGAGAUCCCAUGGGGUCAGGCCGGAGCGGAAUACAUUGUAGAGUCCACUGGUGUUUUCACCGACAAAGAGAAAGCUGCUGCUCAUUUAAAGGGUGGUGCUAAGAAGGUUAUCAUCUCUGCCCCCAGCAAGGAUGCCCCCAUGUUUGUUGUAGGAGUCAAUGAGAAGGAAUACAAGCCAGAACUUAACAUUAUUUCCAAUGCUAGCUGCACCACCAACUGCCUUGCUCCUCUUGCUAAGGUUAUCAAUGACAGAUUUGGCAUUGUUGAGGGUUUGAUGACCACUGUUCACUCAAUCACUGCCACACAAAAAACUGUUGAUGGGCCAUCAAGCAAAGACUGGAGAGGUGGAAGAGCUGCUUCAUUUAACAUCAUUCCUAGCAGCACUGGAGCUGCCAAGGCCGUUGGCAAAGUCCUCCCUGCAUUGAAUGGAAAAUUGACCGGAAUGUCUUUCCGUGUUCCUACCGUCGAUGUCUCUGUUGUCGAUCUUACAGUGAGGUUGGAAAAGAAGGCCUCUUAUGAGGAUAUUAAGGCAGCCAUCAAGGAAGAGGCUGAGGGAAAAUUGAAGGGAGUUUUGGGCUACACUGAAGAUGAUGUCGUGUCCUCUGACUUCGUUGGUGACUCCAGGUCAAGCAUCUUCGAUGCUAAGGCCGGGAUUGCACUGAACGACAACUUUGUUAAGCUUGUCUCGUGGUACGACAACGAAGUAGGAUACAGUACUCGUGUCGUUGACUUGAUUGUCCAUAUCGCUGGUGUCCAGUAAGAAGGGUUUUAGCUUCCAUGGUUUGUUCUUGUUCCAGUACUACAGAGGCUCAGCUAUGAGCGACAAAAAGUUGAAUAAAACAGAGUUUUCAAGCCGCCGGCUAUUUCUUUCAAGUUCUUAAGUUGUAUUGUCUUGUCUUGUCCUUUUUUGUUGAGACGAUUGAGUGGAUUUCCACCCACUAGUAUGCUUAUUUGUAAUGCUUUUGAGUAGCAAAAACUCCAACUCGAAAUAGAUUUUUGGUUUUUCCAACCUUCCAUC